AUGGCAGCACUACCUCCAAACGGCGCCAUCAAACCAACAGGUCUGGUCCCUAUGGAAUCCAAAAACCAAGACCUCAUCAACCGCGUAAAACAGUAUGAAAACAUCCCAUGGUGCGAACAAUACGAGCGUAUGAUCUCUGGCAUGCUCUACGAUUCCACCGUCGAAAUCCUCGAAGUAGCACGUCUGCGCUCGCGCAAAAUCCAAAAGAAAUACAUCGAUCACCUCCCGGAUGACGCGACUCCUACAUCCCUAGGCAAAGAACGAGAAGAGAUAUUAAGAUCGCAUGUUGGACAGUUGGGGAAGGGAUGUUGGAUUGAAGCGCCGUAUUAUUUUGAUUAUGGGUGUAAUAUUAGCAUCGGUGAUCGGUUUUAUGCGAACACAAAUCUCACAAUCCUCGACUGCGGUCUAGUAACCAUCGGGCACCGCGUCAUGUUCGGCCCCUUCGUUUCCAUCUACGCAGCCACCCACGAGACGGAAGUCGCGUCCCGCCGGGACAACAUCGAGUUCGCGCGCGAAGUGAGUAUUGGGGAUGACUGCUGGAUUGGCGGGAGCGUGGUUAUCCUCCCCGGGGUGAGCAUCGGGGAGGGAUGUACGGUUGCGGCUGGGAGCGUGGUUACGAAGAGUGUGGAGCCUUGGAGUGUGGUUAUGGGGAUGCCGGCAAGGGUUGUGAAGAAAGUUACGCCUGUACCGCCGAUAGAGAGUUGA